CCCGUUAAAUCCGUGCGGUGCGCACCGUGCGGUGCGCCAGCCCUGAUCCGCGCUGUCCUUCAGAGGCUGCGCGCUCUCGGUCCGGGGCGGAGAAACGGAAACUCGGGGGGUGUGUUUUCUGUCAGCGGCUUGGACGUAGACGGUUUGUCACAGAGGACGGCGGACGCUCGAGAGCAGCACGACCCGGAAUCUCCAAACCAGCGCCAGUGUCGACGGGAGAUACACGGGACGACGAUAAACGUGAAGCAGCGGCGUGCGGCCGACAUGAGAUCGUGGUUCUCCGGGUAGCAGCGGACCUGACGGAGGACGGGCACAGGGCACCGACAUGGCCCACGUAGGCAACGGAGCGGCCGCCGAGGAGGAGGAGGACUGUUUUGAAGACGCCUAUGAUCGGAUUCCUGCGGCAUGUCAGAUGGACCUGCAGACGGCGAUCCAGGAGACUCAGUGUGCUCUCAGCCUGGUCCUCAACAACAAGUUAUCUGAAAGCCUGGACCUACUCAAACCAUGGUGGAGGGACAGUAUCUACCACGCGAUGGCCUACAGCAGCAUCCUGAUGAUCCAGGCCACCAUGACCUUCGAACACAGAGACAUCCAAACCGCCAUGGUGAUCAUCAAGGAGGCGUUAAACACCUGCCAGAGGUUCAGGAAGAGGAACUCGAUGGUCGGGUCUCUGUCCAGUCUGAUGAGCAAACAGUCCAACCUGCAGGAAGAAGAGAUGCACGCAGAGCUCUGCUACGCCGAGUGUCUGCUGCAGAAAGCCGUGCUGACGUUUAUCCAGGACGAGAACAUGAUCAGUUUUAUCAAAGGAGGCAUCAAGAUUCGAACCAGCUACAAAAUUUACAAGGACUGUCAGAAUAUGCUGGGUGUUGCUCAGGACCUGGCCGGCCAGUCUGAUUUGUUCAGACAGUUUGAGAGCGGCGUCAAGCUGGGCAUCGGCGCCUUCAACCUGAUGCUGUCUCUCCUCCCUCAGAGGAUUCUGAGGUUGUUGGAGUUCAUCGGGUUCUCAGGGAACAGGGAGUUUGGUUUGUCUCAGCUGAGAGAGGGGGCUUCCAGUCACAGUCUGCGGUCGGUCGUCUGCUCUCUGACUCUGCUGUUUUACCACACAUACAUUUCACUGAUACUGGGUAGGGAAACACAAACCCUCUGUCUUGCACCGUGGUGUCUGGCUCCACAACAUCUGCCCACGAUUCACAGAUCUGCUGUUGUUCCAAGCAUACACUGUAGAUUAGGUGUAAAUCUCUUGAUGAAUGCCUUUAUGGCUGCACUUAACAGUGUAGGUGUUCUCUUUGAUAAGGAACCGCGGAGGGAAACCUGGUGGAGGCUGAAGCUCUGCUGGAACCCUUUCAACACAAAUACCCCAAAUUUGUCUUUCUGUCAGGGUUUCGUCAUCCUCUUCUACUCUGCUCGCAUCUCUACGCUGCGGGGAAACUUUGAGAAGGCCCGGGCCAAGUAUGAGGAGUGUAUCAGCUGCCAGCAGGAGUGGAAGCAGGUCCACCACGUGUGCUACUGGGAGCUGAUGUGGACUCACUCCUACCAGCAGGAGUGGCAGCAGGCGUACCGCUACGCCGACCUGCUGUGCAAGGAGAGCCGCUGGUCCAAGGCCAUCUACGUGUACCAGAAGGCGGCCAUCCUCAGUAUGAUGUCAGAGGAGGAGGCGAAGAAGACGGGCGAGGACAUCGUGGAGCUCUUCAGGCAGGUGGAGGGGCUGAAACAGCGCGUGGCUGGGAAAUCGAUCCCAACGGAGAAAUUUGCAGUGAGGAAGUCCAGACGCUAUAAAGCUGCUAAUCCCGUCCCCCUGGUCGUCCCUAUUCUGGAGAUGAUGUAUUUUUGGAACAGUAUCACCAUCAUCGGGAAGAGAGCUGACUGUACCGAGGCCCUGCUGAUUACCAUAGAGGCAGCGGAGGAGCAGCUACGCAAUGACCCCAAUCCAACAGAGUUUCAUCCAGAUGACAGCUGUUUGGUCCAGAUGUUGAAGGGGCUGUGUCUGAAACACCUGGGCAGGCUGCUGCAGGCCGAGCUCUGCUUCACACAGGUCCUCUCCAGUGAGAGUCGCAUCAGAUACGAUCACUACCUGAUUCCCUUCACUCUCUAUGAGCUGGGUCUGCUGUACAAACAACAGGGAGACUUCACCAAGGCCACCGCAUACAUCAAAAACGCCAAGAUGAACUAUAAGGAUUACUCCAUGGAGUCCAGGCUGCACUUCAAGAUCCAUGCAGCCCUCCACAGCCUCAAAGGAUCACCUGUUGGCACCCCGUAAUACUCAACUACAACUCAAACUGCAGC